AUGAACCAUCAGAUCCCUCCCUCGGGGCCAGCGGAGCUCGCGGUGGAUCCCGAUUACCUCCUUAAGGUGAACGCCUUUAUCCGCCAGCGCCGCCUCGAGCUGCUCGGCCCCGACAACAUCGCGCCCGUCUCCGCCGUGCAGGUCGCUCCGCCGCGCCACCACCCUGCUGAAUCGCACCAAAAUCCCAUCCAACCGCACCACCCCCGUAGCCCAUCGCACCAAACCCCUAUUCCGCCGCAGGUCGUCUCCGCCACGCAGGUCGUUCCGCCGCUCUAUCUCGUAACCGCGACUCCGCCGCCACCCCACCAGCCCCUUGGUCAACCGCCUUUCCCCGCCGCUUUAGCCGCCAGCGAUUCAUCUGCUCCGCGAGUCGCUCAGCCCGCCCCCCGCGCAGAAGGCUUUGGGAAUGCCGUGGCAGAUGGCGCGUUAUCCGCCGUUGGAUCGUCAACGAGGCCGGCGAUCAACGGUGCGCCGGUGGAUGGGCUGGGAGAAGCGAGCCUUGAGGCGCGCCAAUCCGCGCCUGCUGGCGGAGCGAUGGCUGGCGCGCUGCUGCAGCAGCCGCAGGGGCGACAGGCGGAGGGGGACGCUGGCGCGCGCAGGCAGGGGAGCGCGCAGGACGACCGGCAGGGGGGCGCGCAGGGUGAUAGAAAGACGGAUGCUUCUAACGGGAGUGUUUCUAAAAGAGGGGAGAUGGUGCUUGGGGUUGGUGAGGAGAAAGGGGGAGGUGAGGGGGGAGAGGGGGAGGAGGAUGAGGGGAGUGGUGAUGGGGAUGGCGGGAAAAGGCGGGGAGGCGGGCGGAGGGGCGGGGGAGGGAGCGGGGGAGGAAGAGGGGGCGGAGGUAACAGGAGGGGAGGGGGAGGGGGAGGAGCGGGGGGUUCUUCGUCUGGGGGAGGGCGGGGAGGGGGAAGCAGGGGGUACGGGGGAAGGGGAGGAGGGGGUGGUGGUGGCGGAAGAGGAGGCGGGUGGAGGGGAGGAGGGGGGAGAAGGGGAGGAGGGAGCAGGUCGGCGGAUGGGGGAACGGCCCCUGGGGCGUCGGGGGAAGAGGCGGAAGUGUGGGAAGAUUAUGGGGGGGAGGGGGAGGAGGAUGGAGGGGAGUGGAUGGCUGGGGAGGAGGUUGUGGGGGGAGGGGAAGGGGAGGGGGAGGGGGAAGGGGAGGAGGAUCAGGGGGAUGGGGUCAUUGCUGAGCGGGAAGAGGGGAGGGAGGAAGAGGAGAGAGGGAGGGAGGAGAGGGGGCAUGAGCAGGCGAAUACUGAUAGAAUCCCUUUGGGAAACGGGGUAGGGGACGGGAGAGGGGGGUUAGAAGAGGGAGAGGGGGGAGAGGAGGGAGAGGGGCAAGAGUUGCGAGAGGGGGUGGCAGAGAGGGAGGAAGAAGAGGAGCAAGGGCAGGUUAUGGAGGAGGGGAGGAGAGGGGGGGAUGUGAGAGAGGAGGGGGAGAGGCGAGGAGAUGGGACUGUGGCAGACCGGGCAUUGGAAGGGGCUGAGAUUGCGGGAGAGGGAGGCUCAGGCGGAGGUGAAGCAAGAGAGUGUGCAGCAGGUGAAGCGAGGGCGGAUGGGGAGUAUGGGGCAAAGAAGGAGACCUCUGGGUCGACUCACGAGUUACCUGCUGUCGCUUGUAUGCAUGGGGGAUGUGGGGCGACGGAGGAGAGGGAAGACGGGGUGGAGCGUGAGCAAGGGAAGGAAGAAGGUGGUGGGGAGGAGGUGGAGAGCGGGGAGAAGGAGAGGGAGGACGUGGAGGACAGAGGAGGAGAGGAGCUGGGAGAGGAAGUGAGUGAAGAAUUGGAGAGGAGAAUUGAAAGGGAGAGGGAGGGGCGAGGAGAAAGGCAGCGGGAAGGAGUGCCGGGAAGAAAGGAACAGGAAGGGGAGCUGGAAGAGGGGCAGGGCGAGGAGCAGGAGAGGGCGGAGGAUGGUAGGGUGGAUGUGGGUGGGUCAGGAAAGGCACCAGUUGAGACGAGUCAAGGUGCCGAUGCUGCUUCUUGCUCUCUCCCUGCUCCUUCUCUCCCUGCUCCUCCUCUCCCUGCUCCUUCUCUCCCUGCUCCUUCUCUCCAUGCUCCUUCCCUCCCUGCUCCUCCUCUCCCAGAGACCGCAGCACAUGCCUCUCCGCCUCCUGCUGUUGCCUCUGCUCCUGCAGCGAUUCCCGCAGCGAGUGCUGCUACAGAAGGGAUUUCUGGCAUUGCUGAUGGGUGCAGCGCGGUGAUUUGCGGCAGAGAGUCUACCCGUGUGGUGGCAGAAGCUGGUGAGGAGAAGCCCCAGCAAUUACACAUAUUGCCAGCCAACACGCCACACACACAGUCACAGACAGACACAUGCGAGCAAGCAGCGGACUGCCUUGUCCCCACCGCCCCAGAGUCACCGUCCCUCCUCCCAGCGUCACCAGCAGCUGCUGCCGUUUCUCCUCUCCCCACCACAGCGCCUCCCCCCCCUGCCGCCUCUCCUCCCAUGACCCCGCCACUCAUCCCGCCACACGCCCCUCAGCCCCGUCACCUCUCUUGGUCUCCUUCCCCCGCAUCCCCAUGCUCCCAUGCGCCUGCCAUCUUUCCCUCCGCCGAUGCCUCCUCCCUCCCAACUCCCUCUGCUCCACAGGCGUCUCCCCAGCCACCCCCCUCUCCCGCUGCAAGCACAUCGCCUGACGCCCCUCCCGCCCCUGCACUACCAGAAGCAGCUCCUUCCCACGGGCUGCCAGAAGCAGCUCCUUCCCACGGGCUGCCAGACGCAGAGAAGGGCAUUCUUGGAAAGGGCCACGGGGCCCCUCUCGCCCUGCCCGUCCCGCUGCCUCUGCACGUUCCCCCUGUUGCGAGCACCACGCAGUGCGCUCCUGGGGGCUGGUCUGGGGGUGGUACUGAUGCGCCAUGGCAUGCCAUGCCUGUUGGUCUGCCCAUUCAGGGAGGGGUUCCCAUGCCAGUGCCUCCUCCUGUGCAGGGGGAAAUGUACAUGCCCAUGCAUGCGGCUGGUGCUGUAGGCAUGGGAGCAGGCAUGGGAAAAGGCAUGGGAGCAGGCAUGGGAGCAGGCAUGGGAGCAGGCAUGGGAACGUGCAUGGGAGCAGGCAUGGGAGCAGGCAUGGGAGCAGGCAUGGGAGCAGGCAUGGGAGCAGGCAUGGGAGCAGGCAUGGGAGCAGGCAUGGGCGUUGGAGCAGGGUGUUGUGGUUGGGGCAGGGAUGGGAGGGCAUGGCAGGGGCAGGGGGGGAUGGAGGGCGCUGUCUGUGUGGCUGGGGAGGAGUGGGGGAUGAGUGCAGGGGAGGGGAGAGCGGAGGGUGUGGGUGUGGGUAAGGGAGGGGAGGAGGAAGGAGAUGGAUGGGUGGGAGCGACAAUGUUGGGUUCUGAGGGUGGGAAAGGGUGUGGAGUGGGUGGGAGAGGAGGAGGCAGAGGAGGAGCAGGAGUAGGAGGAGGAGGUGGAGUAGGCGGAGGAGGAGGAGGAGGAGGAGGUGACAGUGGUAAGAGAGGAGGGAGUGGAUCAGGAGGAGCAGGGUCAGCCACGUAUGCACCUGUACACGUGUACUCCUUUGAGCAGCUGAAGCAGAUUGGGCUGCAGUCCAUCAAAUACCAGCAUGACACGUGGCGCACCAUGAAUGGCAGCACGCAGCUGGCUGUGGAGGAGCUUAUGAGGGACAGCCUUGAAGGUGUCGACGAAUCACGAGUCGCCACGUGUCACGGCAUGCCCAUCCCGUCCCACCGCGACCUGCACGCGUGGCACUCCUACUGCUUCGGCCGUGCUCUGCCGUGUGAAAGGGGGGAGGGGGGCGAAGGGGCAGUGGGGGGAGCGGGGGUGAAACGAAAGGCGAAGAGGAGAGCAGGAAGGAAGGCAGGUGGGAAGAGUGAAGGAGAGGAUUGCAGUGAGGUAAACCUGGCGGAGGGAAGUGAGAGAGGAGAGAGUGAGGGGGGAGGGAGUGAGGAGGAGGGUAGUGGAGAGGGGGAAGGGGAAGUGGAUGGGGAUGAUGAGGAGAAGGAUUUGAUUGCAGAGGAGGAGGAGGGGGUUGCAUGGGAAGAGGACGUGGAUGGGGAGCGAGGGGAGGAUGAAGGGGCGGAGGAGGCAGCGGGUGGAGGAAGGGAGCAGGAUUUGGGGGAUGAAAGAGGAGAGGAGGAGAUGAGGGUUGAAAAUGUAGAGGAAGAAGAGGAGGAUUGUGGGGAGGGGAAGACGAAGGAUGGGGUUGAGGUUUGUUGUGGUUCGGAAGUAGAGGGUGAAGCGGUGGAGGAUGGAGGGAAGAGGGAGACCGAGUGUGUGGAGAAAGGUGGAGGGGAAGAGGCGAGAGGGGAGGGAGGGGAGGCGAGAGGAGAGGGAGGAGAGGCACUGGAAGCAGGAGCUGAUGGAGAGGGGGAAGGUGGGAGUUUGAGAGAGGAGGCGGCAGCUGAUCCCAGUGCCAGCAUGUGUGACAUGGCAUGUGACACUGCACAUGGCACUGCACAUGACACUGCACAUGACACUGCGCAUGACGCUGCGCAUGGCAGUGCAUUGGGUGAACGUGAGAGCGAAGAAGAGGGAUUGGAAGGAGGGCAGGUAAGAGGGGGAGAGGAUGCACCCAGAGGCCUGGCGCUGCUGCUGCCGUGCGUGAGAUCGCACAGCAAGGCACCCACUGAUGGAAUCUCAAAAGGACUCUCAGAAGGGCUGCUGGAGAAACUGUCAGAGCAACUUCCGGAAAGACUUUCGGUAAAGGGUCUCUCUGUGAAGGAUCCAGAAGGAUUGGUGAUGGCAGGGGAUGAUGUGGCAGCGGAUGUGAUGAGAAGGGGUUAUGGAGGCGUGGGGUGUGGUGAUACUGCUAUGGCUGCUGGUGCUACAGAUGCUGGUGCUACAGACACUGAUGCGAUACCUGCUGGAUCAACAAGUGGUGAGGUUAAUAGUCUGGUUGACGGCGCCUCCGAUAUAGAUGCUGAUUUGGAUGCUGGUGCUGACGUGGACACUGAAGAUGAUGCUGAUGUGGAUGCUGAGGUGGAUGCUGACGUGGAAGCAGCACUGGACGAAAUGAUAAACUACUCGGGACCCGUGCCUCUGUGGUUGCCAGAUAAUGACGAAAACAGCAACCUCGGUCUUGACCCAUCUGAAGACAAUCUUGGGCACCUUCCCAUGCCAGUGCCAUGGCCGUCAGAUGCUGACGUGGCAGCCAUGGAUUGCGUGCUCCCGGGCCGGGCCAAUCAGCUCGCUCCGUUGCUCGGCACAGUGCUGCACUGCGAUGCUGUUGGUCGCGCCGCCCUCCUCCGCGCCCACGUGGACUGGGCCAUCGGCCAAUCGGCAGUCGACACAUGGCGCGGCAUGUGGCUGGUGGCGUGGGCGGCGGGGGUGGACGAGCCAAUAGAAGCGGAGACGGCAGCAGCGCUGCGGGAGCUGCUGAGGAAGUGUGCUGGGCUGAGGGCUUCGAUACAGUCACGCGAGGACCAAGGGUUGGAAAUGCUGAAUGUGCUUAUAGAGAUUGCAGGGGGGUAUUUCAAGCAGGGGUCUAGGGAGGAGAUGGAGCAGGCUGUAUGGGAGCAGGGAGGGGUUGAAGUUGAGGGAAUGGAGAAACGGGGAGAGGGUGAAGGGUUUGGGGAGGUGGGUACUGAUGAUGGUGGUGUGAAAAGGGAGCAGGAGAACCUGGAAAUGACUAGUGGAGGGCAGCUUGCAGUGGAUGCAGCAGGGGCUGCUGAGGUGGCCACAGAGCCACAUCGCAACACCUUCUUCCCCUCUCCCCACCUCUCCCCGCCUCUCCCCACCUCUGCCAUCAUGCUGAGCGGAGCCGCGCGUCGCAAGGGCCAUCAGCGCUUCUCCCUCCUUCUCCUUGACGACGGGGACCACUACAUCACCGACUGGGUCGCCACGUGUCACCUCGUGGAUGGCCAGCCGCGCACGCUCGCGGGCGGGCGGCUGCGGCUGUGCAUGAAGUCGCUCUUCUUCGAGCCGCAGGACCCGGCCAUCCCCAUUAUAAUGUUCCCCAUGCCGCAUAUCUUAGUCGUUUUCCACCCCACGUCGCGCCGCUGGUACCGGUCGCAGCUGGGCGCGAAGCUGGCCGCGGAGGGGCGCAUCCGCGCGGAGUGGGCGGGGGAAGGCGCAGCGGCGGGGGGAGACGGGGGAAGCGGCGGAAACAACGGGUCUGGCGGGGGUCGGGGCGGGGGAGGGGGGCGGAGGAGCGAUGGGGGAAGGCUGGGGAAUGCGUAUGGGGAUGGGGGUUAUGGGGGAAGCACAUACGGGGAUAGGGGGUAUGGGGAUGGAGGGAAUGGGAAUAAGGGGUAUGGCGAUGUGGUGUAUGUGACGACGGGCAUGUACGUGGCAAUGAAGGCGUGUGGGCAGGACGUGCCGUACGAGUUUGAGAAGAAGGAGCUGGACGAGGGCCACCUGCCUUCCACCUGGGCCUUCUCCCUCGACUACUCUCCCACCUCAAGGCUCCUAGACGAGGCCCUGCCAGUGCUGGGCGUGCAGCUGCUGCCAUACGAGCAGAGGGACAUGGAGGUGGCGCGGCGCCUGUCCCUCAUGGAGGCGUCGGCGCCCUUUGAUGUCAGCCGCCUCGUGGAUCUCUCUGAACACAUCCUGCUCGACUGCCUCGCCUCCCAGGUUCGGCCACUGGUUCGGGAGCCGGGCCGCCUUGUGAUCACACAGCAGCGGCUCUACUUCCAGGUGACAUCUUGUGCAGGUGAC